GCGGCGUGCGGACGGCGGCGGCUCAGUCGGCGGGUGGGCGGUGCCGUGGAGGGAGGUCCUUCGCGCUCGGGCGUCAGCUCGCACUGUGGGCCGGCGGGACCACUCGCUUCCGCAGCUUCACCUCAGGCCUUGCCCGUCCAUCCAUCCCUCCAAACCCCUCUCUGUCUCGGCCUGCGUUACCUUGCCGCGCUGCUCGGAUGGCGGUGAGAGUGGCCGCACUGGGCGGCCGGAGCCUGGGCCUCGGCCUGUUGCUGCUGCUCGUUGCCGCCGCCGCCGCCACGGAGGUGAAGCGGCCCCGCGGCGUCUCCCUGCAGAAUCGACACUUUUAUGAGGAGAACAUACCAUUUACGUGUUUGGACGGCUCCAAGACUAUUCCAUUCCACGAGGUGAACGAUGAUUACUGUGACUGCAAGGACGGCUCAGAUGAACCAGGAACAUCGGCCUGUCCAAACGGCAGCUACCACUGCUCGAACGCUGGCCACAGAUCUGAGUACAUUCCCUCUUCCCACGUGAAUGAUGGCAUUUGCGAUUGCUGUGACACUACAGACGAGUAUAACAGUGGUGCUACAUGUCUCAACACCUGCAAGGAGCAAGGACGGAAGGAGAGAGAGAACAUGCAGAAAAUGGCAGAAAUGGCCAAAGAGGGAUUCAAGCUGAAACAGCAGCUCAUUGAAGACGCAAAGAAAAGCAGAGAAGACAAACAGCUAAAGCUGGCCGAGCUGCAGAAGGAGAAGGCUAACUGGGAGAUACAGGUGGAGUCUUUGAGAACGGUGAAGGAAGCUGCAGAGCAGCCAGAGCAGGAGGCUAAAGAUACGCACAAGAACGCCUGGGAUGAGGUCCAAGCUGCACACAACUUAGAGAAGAACAAAGCCAAGGCUGCUGAAACAUUUAAGGAACUGGAUGACAAUGAAGAUGGCUUUAUUACAAUGAAUGAAAUUCAGACUCAUGCAGAGUUGGACAGCGAUGGGGAUGGAGUGGUUUCUGAGCAAGAAGCUGAGACUCUGCUGGGAGGCGUCAGUCAUGUUGAUGUUGCCAGCUUCCAGGAGGUUGUCUGGGCUGGAAUCCAGGACAAGUACAAGUCCGAGGCAGUAACUGAGACCCCAAUUGUCCCAGAGGUUCCGGUGGAAGGUGGAGCAGAUAGCAGUCGGGAAGUGGACCAUGAAGAUCACAGAAAGGAUGAGGAUGAAGAUGAUUAUGGGGAAGGCCAAGAUGAAGGUGUGGGUGAUGACGACAGUGAGGAUGAUGGUGAAGAGGAGGAGGAAGAGGAGGAGGAGGAUGGUGCUGGGGAAGAUUAUUAUAAGAAUCGACCGAGUCAUGUCCCUGAAAAGGAGGGAACGGAGGAAGAGAAGAUGCCGGCAUACGAUGAAGAAACUCAGGUGCUGAUUGACGUUGCUGAAAAAGCCAGGAAUGAGUUCUCCGAAGCAGAGAAAUUGCUGAAAGAGGUGGAGAGUUCGAUUGGGAGCAUUGAGAAGGAGCUUCUGGUUGACUUUGGACCUGAUGGAGAAUAUGCAUACAUGUUCGAUCAAUGCUAUGAAAUGACAACAAAUGAGUACGUCUACAAACUCUGUCCGUUUAACAAAGUGGCCCAGAAACCAAAGCAUGGGGGUUCCGAAACUAACCUUGGGGUGUGGAGCUCGUGGGCCGGACCAGAGAACAACAAGUUCAGUUUCAUGAAGUACGACCAUGGUACUGGCUGCUGGCAGGGCCCCAACAGAUCCACCAUGGUGAAGCUUUCUUGUGGUAGAGAGACAAUGGUGUUGUCGACCUCUGAGCCGAGCCGUUGUGAAUACCUGAUGGAAUUUUCAACUCCAGCCUUUUGUCAGGAAGGUGUUCAUGAUGGCAGUGACCACGAUGAGCUGUGAGCUGCGGGCAGUGGACGAAACAGGUGGACAGUCGUCUUGGUGAAGAAGCGGCUGAGAAGAGUUGGAGGAGCUUGCAGCACUGCCGACCCAGCGAGCUCGUUCUCUCCCACACUCACUUUUAUAUUUAGUUGCAGCCCUCCAAACGGGCACCUUCGCAAAAUAUCCCCUCGGUCCCCAGGGCACCUCACCUCCCCUUCCUAUCGCAGACCUCAUCAAAACUUUACAAGUCUCUGGUUUUUAACCUGGGUUUUCCCUCUCCUUUCUGUUAUUGAAUCCACAAAGUGGUGCCCAGUGCACGCUGCAAAGGUCUUUGAAAUUAAGUUGAACUUUUCAGUGAUUUUAAAACUUUAAAGGGGG